GGUGCUCCAGCUUUCUGAGCAUCCUCAUGGCUCUCCUCCAGACCUACUCCAACAGCUCCACCUCAUUCUAAAUCCCUUCCACCAGGUCUGGUUCUUUCCUUUCACAUUCAAUAAUCUUGUCCAUCAGCUUCUUCUCUCCUUGACUGAUGGCAACCUUUCUUUAGCAGUGCUCACUCAGGGCAGUUUCAUGUAAUUUCUUUCCAUCAUAGUUCUCCUGGGUUUCACCAGGUCACGUAACUCAAAAAAGCUCUGCUGUGAUGCAAAUCAGAAGGUGUUUCUUUGGCUCUGUACAUCUUCUCAUCUUUCUUCAUGAUAUCUGGUAAAAUGAAGGCCUGAUGCUUGUAUGUGUCAUGUUCUUCCUCGUCUCCAAAUGCAAAUGAAUUGCACGCUAAUCAGCAGUGCAUAGCUGGAGUUGAGCUACAGUGCUGUUAUCUGCUGUCAAAACAACACUAAUUGUGGUCUCAUCUAAUCUGAUUGUGAAGGAUAAAUCGAGUCCAGUCUUUUUUUUUUUUCCUCUACAGCAAGAGUACGUAUCUGUCUCCUAUCUCUUUUUCUUAACAAACUGAAACUUUUCAAGGGAACAGUAGGGAGGGGAGGGGGACAAUGGGUUCUUUCAUCUCCUGUGGGAUAAGGAUGGUGUUGCUCCACCCAGCAAGGCGUGGGAUGCACUUUACAUUGCCUGUUGGUUGUUCCUUUCACUUCUGCUGGGAGAAGACCACUUUGAAGCCCAGAGUAUCCUCUUUAUAGGAAAAAAGUUGACUCUGAAUCAGUUGAUAGCGGACUACUCAUGCAGAACGUCUUCUGGGAAACAAAGCUGGCUUGUCUUUUCUACCUUAUGCUCAUUACUCCAGUUUCUUGGCAUGAAGUUUAGUGCAGAACAGCCAGACAGAAUUCAUCAGGAGCUCCGAAGAAUGCAAACCAAGCUGGAGAAAUGGCAGCUUCUGCUCCCAAAAUCCCAGUCCCACCUUUAGUGUAUGUAUCAGCAGUGUUCAUAUCCAAACUAUAACAGCAACCCAGCAUAGGUUCCUCUUCAAUUAUUCAUUUGUUUUUCACCAGCUUAUAGAGCACUUUCAGUUGCGUUAACAGUCGCAAGUGGAACCUUUGUGGUGCACUUCCCCUUUUCUCUGCUGUAGGUGAGUUUUGCCUUCCAGAGCAGAGGGAUUCUCAGACAAACCCUAUACAAGCAAAGGAAAAUCUGGAUUUGCCUCAGGUGCAUGAGGACAAACUGCAAAUUGCCCCAGUGUUUCCCUGACAGCUUGUGGAUAUCUCCACCACGAUUCAUACACUGUAUCAUAGGAUCAUAGAAUGGCUUGGGUUGGAAGGGACCCCAAGGAUCGUGAAGCUUCAACCCCCCCCACCACAUGCAGGGCCACCAAUCUCCACAUUUAAUACUAGAUCAGGCAGCCCAGGGCCCCAUCCAAUCUGGCCUUGCAGUGUACUUGUACCAGAAAUGGAUAUGCUGUGUGCUAAGAAGCACUGAAAGCUGUGGCAGUGAGGAUCACUAACUUGGGGGGGGAAAAACCAAUGGAUGUUAAUGAUCUCAUUGUGGUUAGCCUGGAGUUCAGCCUGGGGUUUUCAGAUUGUUUGAGCUUAAAGAGUCCUUUAAAGGCCAUCUUGUCCAACUGCCCAGCAAUGAACAGAGAGACAUCUACAGCUCAAUCAGGAUGCUCAGAUUGCUCAAAAGUAUUUUCAGUGUAAUACUUGUAGCUGGAAAACUGAUUUGUCCAGGCUUCAAGCUGAGGUGAAUUUCAAGGCAACAUAAGAGUGGGGAUGCUUUCUAUUUUGAUUUAGGCUCAAUGUUUGCCAGGAAAAAAACACUCAGCCCUGCAAACAGACUGGCCAUCUGUUGGCCACAACGUGCAUCUGGGAUUUUUGGGAGAUCUGGGGGUAAGGCCGUAUCCUGACAGAGCUUUUCAUUCCUGCAGGAUUGCUUCAGAUCAAUGGCAGUGGGUGGCCCUGCACGAGGCCACGUGGGAGGAUGAGGGAAUGGGAACUUGACCCUGUGAGAGGCAAACCCACAGCAGUGGGUCUAUUUCUAGCAUGCUCGGUCAGUCUCUAACCCUCCAGAUUUGUGUGGUUGGGUGGUUGUUGGUUUGUGUUUUGUUUUUUUUUUUUGUCUAUUCUGCUUUGGGACAGAAUGCUUUAAAUCUCUUCUGAUUCUGACCAAAGCAGCAAUUUCCUACUAGCUCAACCCCUGAACAAUAGAGCCUUGAUCUUGAUAGGGGGCUCUGGAUGUUACUGUAAUGCUAAUAGGUAGCACAGUUGGCCUUUGCGCUUCUGGCACGUUUCAGGCAUUAUAUAGGGAGCCUGUAAUCAGCUGCAGAAAAAAAUUCCCUUUUGUCUCUCUCCUAGCAACCUCUUCUGAACUGAUAUUUGAAAAUAGGCUUUGCUUUCCAUGUCAUGACAUAAAUAUUUUCAGCACAUACUGAAAACUCCCUUAACAGAGGUGGGGCUGAGAUCAUUUGUCUUUAGGUCCUUGGGACUCCCUCCUGGUUGCUGUGAUCUUAAGGUAAUGCUGUUGAAAUCUUUAUCCACCAGAAACAGGAACUUGUGUCCAGGUUGUGUUCUUCUCUCCCAUCUUUUGCACUGUAUUUGUCACAAAGUCAAAGCAGCAUAGAUAGGUGAUAAGGUGGCCAUUAGUUGCCUGGAUUUGUAAGAGCAAGCUGAGAAUUUUGAAAGAGAUUUCUGGAUUUUUAUUCAAUGUUUGAGUAUAUAGGAUGAGUUGCAAGCUGGCUACAUAGUUCUAAUCUUGCUUCAGUGUACAUACAUUGUGUGUCCUGUCCUGGAAACAAGGCAGACUGUUCACACCAGCAGGAAUUGCCACUGGAAUCAAGAAUAUUGAAGCCUUUUUCCAUUAACUGAUUAUUCUUUUUCUGCUUAUGUACAUAGUGAGUGCAGCAACAAGCAAUGUUGGGCACAGAGGAGUUCAUUUGAACGGAGUAGACUUAGAUAAGGUGAGGAUUAUGUGGUUUCCCCCAUAAACACUGAUGGUCUUUGAAGUCCUAGGAUGGCUUUGCACAGAUUUGCAUCCCAUCUACUUCUUGCAUCUGCCCUGAUGGAAGAAUAACCAUCCUGAGAAAAAUACAUUGGAGCUAUUGUAAGGUUGGAACAGACCUCUGGGACCAUCUAGUCUAAGCAUCGAGACCCAUCCCCACCAUACCCACUAAAGGUACCCAAGUGCCAUAUCUCCAUAUCUUCUUACUAAUUGGGAUUUUAGGGCCUUGUCACAACAGGGAGAACAAUCAAAUAUACCACUGCAUCACUUGCUAAUAGGUUUUCUAACUUAGACUUGAGUCUCAGUGCAGAAAACUCUUUUAUUUAUGAUCAACGUUAACAUGUGCAGCUGAAUAGCAUGCAUGCUGCAGCUGCUCAGGAGUUUGUUCUGAAGAUCAGGCUUGGAGAGCUGUUUUUUAUUAAGUGGUACUUAGGAUUUAGUCCUAACUAAAACCAUUUGUGUUGAACUUGAUCUGCAAAGCUGCUGUAAGUGUUAACAUACUUCAGUAGUAAACAUUUCACUCUUGGGCAUCAUCACACACAAAGGGUUUGUGAAAGAGCCCCUUUCUGAACGUGGAAUAGUUAUCCAUUAGACAAGUGCUUCUUCAAAGGAAUUCAGACUGUGUUUAAAACAUAGAGCUUUCCACAGGGUGAUGUGGAUGGAUAUCCUUUAGGGAUGUGCAAAGAAAUCUGGCUUUUAGUAGAGAAACCACUAGAACUUGGGGCAGAAAGGUAUUGAGCUGCUUUAGGUGACACUCAAGUGCAGUUCUGAAGUUCUUUGCUGCUAAGCUGCAGGGCAGAGCAGCUAGCAGAAAUCUCCUGAUCCCAAAUUGCUGUAAACUUUUCUCCCCUCCCCAUGAGAAUGAGAAAAAAGGUGGUUGCAGCCAAAGUCUUCUGGAGCCAGAACUGUGGGAAAAACUGUUCUCCAGUCUGAGAGUCGGCGUGAGUCAGGAACUGCUGUAAAUCCUGAUGGAUACUGCAGAUGAAGCUUGAAUCUCUUGUAUAUACGAGUAUGUGUGCAUGCUCCUGGGCCACUUGGGGAUCCAGGAGCCUCUUCCCAUAGAUCAUAAUGUGGGAUUGUGGCUGGUGAUGGGAAUUAUUGGCUCCUUCUGGUGGGUCCCAAGCAGUUCCUGGUAUCAGAAGCAUGUAAAGUGCAUGUUCAUGGCCACCCCCUUAUCUCAAAGCUGGGUUACCUCAGGGGUGCUGAGGCAAUCUGAAGUUCAGUAAACCUUUGAUUUCUUCUUGCCCCAUCUUUUCCAGUGCUUCCCUCAUAAUUCAUAUUAAGGUUAUUGAUGAAAGGUAAUCACUGUAGGAUAUUAUUCACAAUCCAUUAACUCUGAUUGGUAGCAGAAUUCUUCAGCAAGCUUGGGUGCCAAAACAUCAGUGCUAAUUGUCUUAACUGAGCCUUAUGUGGAAUGGAAAUCUCUCACCUUUUAGUUUAUAUUCCCUUCUUCCCAAAGCUCUGGCACUUUGAUUCUUUCCUUUAGGUGAUGGAAAAUACUGUUGUUCUUUUAGCACUCUGCUGGUGCCUUAGAAUCUCACCCUUCUGCCAUCUCUCCAAAGACGCCGAGUUUUUUGGUCUUGCAAGUCAAAUUAACAUGAGAUUGCUGUCAUUUGCAUCGUAGCUGUGGGAGGCCAUCUGACAGCACCGAAGGCAGCCAAGUAGAAUGGAAUUCAUCAGCACUCGCAUUUGUCAGAGUAGGAAUCAAGGAGAACUCCACUUCUCUAAUCCAUGCAGGAGGGUAAACAUCCAGCAUGAGCAGUGCGUUUCAGGAUGCUCAAAUUGCAUGUUGUCAGGAUUGAGAGCAAGCACGAGGUCACAAUCUUAGGAGGACUCAAUGAAUUUGUUGUGAAGUUUUAUGGACCACAAGGAACACCGUAUGAAGGUGGAGUAUGGAAAGUUAGAGUCGACCUUCCUGAUAAAUACCCCUUCAAAUCCCCAUCUAUAGGAUUCAUGAAUAAAAUUUUCCAUCCUAACAUCGAUGAAGCGUCAGGGACUGUAUGUCUAGAUGUAAUCAAUCAAACUUGGACGGCUCUCUAUGAUCUCACCAAUAUAUUUGAAUCGUUCCUGCCCCAGCUGCUGGCCUAUCCUAACCCUAUAGAUCCUCUAAAUGGUGACGCUGCAGCCAUGUACCUCCACCGACCAGAAGAGUACAAACAGAAAAUUAAAGAAUACAUUCAGAAAUAUGCAACAGAAGAAGCACUAAAAGAGCAGGAAGAAGGCACCGGGGAUAGCUCGUCUGAGAGCUCCAUGUCUGACUUCUCGGAAGACGAGGCUCAGGAUAUGGAGUUGUAGUAGAAGAGGCAACCUGCUUUUCAGAGAGACUCUAAUUUCCUAACCAUGAGAAGCAGACUAUAAUAUUCAUAUUUAAACAAAGCAAUUUUUUUUAUUACUAAACAAGGUUUUUAUGAAUAAUAGCAUUGAUAUAUAUAUAUAUAUAUCACCCUUUAGAUCUUGAUUUUUCUUGGUCAUUUCUCAACCCGAGGUGCAUAGCAUAUUCCCACAUUCCAUUUUGGUAGCAAUAUGCAGCCCAAAUGCAUGCAUUCAGAUUCCAUUUGGCCAAGUCAACUUGUGUGCUACUGAACUGUCAGCUCAAACAGCUGCCCUGGUAGGUAGGGAGUUAGCAAAGAUGUUUGCUUUCCGAUCGAUGUUUCCAAAGACCACCACCUUGGAUGCUCACACAUGGAACAGCGUUUUCUCUUAAGAUAAAUCUGAGGGAUGUGCUAUUAACUGCAUAGAUCAGACAGUGGAAUGAAAGGUGCUCCUUCAGGUCAACCUCGCUGAUGGUAUUUGAUGCGGAGUCACAUUUUAAAACGUUCAAUAGAACCAGCACAAAUGCAUGGAGCUAUUCAGAGCCUUGAAGCUUAAGAGUUUAGACUUGGAUUUUCAGUCCGUUUUUAUAUGUGGACUCCUGCCUGCCCUUCUGAACCGUAGGGACUGACAACCACUGGUCCAUCCAUCCGCUUUUGGGACUUUUGGAAGCCUUCAUCUGGAUGUUAAUCUUUUGGUCUGGAUUACGAGCUGUUCCCUCUCUGGAAGGAAUUAAACACAAACAAUGCUCUUUGGUUUAGCUGGAGCACAUGUGAAACCCAACUCUUAUUUUGUCAUCCUUUUGAAACUGCUGCCCUUCGGGGCUCCAAGUUUGCUUUUUUUUCUCUUGCUUGAAGUAUGGUUGAACACCUCACAAACACCUCCAUCUCCUGGGAGGGCUCUCUGACCAGAUGGAUGAGCCGUGCUGAGAGCUUUGGAUCCACGGAGAUCGGCCCCGUUGGCUGCAGUCCACGAAUCCAUCGGCACCCAUUUUAUUUUCCUUUUCUCCCCUUCUGCACCAGCUUGGUAGCCAUCUGCUUGUGUGUGUACAACAGGAUUAAAAUUUCUUAAAGUUAACAAAGAAUGUGAUCUAGGAAAAAAAAAAAAAAAAAGAGAUGAAUAAAAAAAAAAAAAAGCCUAAAAAGCACCGAUUGAGGAAGCAAAUGAAUCUGCUCUAUUUUUUUCCUGAUUUUUUUUUUUUGUUUUUUUCUGUGAGAAAUGAAAUAUUUGAUUUCUUUGGGUGUUUUUCAGCAAGCUGAGAUUUGUGUUUGCUUGUUUUAAUGCUACGGAACGGAGCAAAUGUCUACCUGGGAUGCUGGUAUACUUGAAUUUGGAUAAUUGUGUGUUGGAGAUCGGAAUGGAGAUGGAUAUUAAACCUGAACGUGACCUGCUGUAUUUUGGGGGGAUUUCUGAGGGGUUUGGGUGAGAUAUUUUAAUUUGUGGAGCAGCCUAUGGGAUGGUGUAUGGGAACUGAUCCACCCCAUGCUGCUCUGAGCAGAGUUCUGAAUGUCGGGUCGGUACAUUUGGAUUUUCCCAGACAUGUUUUCCUUUAGGAACGCCACCGAGUUCUGAGUCAGCGGGGUUGGAAGGUUACAAUCCUAUUUCUAAUUCAUAAAGCACAAUCAAUUCAUUUCGUUUUGGAGGAGGAAAAAAAAAAAAAAAGAGAGAGAAGAACUCAUAAAGUAUCAUUUUGCUUUAGCAUGAUUUUCCUUAAUAAAAAUAUACAAAGAAUUUCAUUUAUGUUAAUUACGGGCAUGAAGCAAAGGGUUUUUUUUUUUUCCUUUUUUUCCCCUUGCCCCCCACCCUCUUCUUUUCUUUUAAAUCAGUAAUGUAGGGCUGUGGCUAGUGACUGUGCUGAAGUUCUCUAUCUAGCAUUUGUGGCUUGUUGGAAGGGUAAUAUUAACUAUUUAACAUGUAAUGGUGUACUUAACUCUUAUCUAGCACGCUGUUUUCUCAUUAUUUGGGGUGGGAGGGGCCACAUUUGCUGGCACUGUUUACCUUGCUUACCUGCUGACCUAGCAGUUUGCUUGUGCUAUAACCUUUACUGUAGGUGCUACUUAGGAGUAGAGUAAGUGCUGGGUGGUGAUAUCAGUUUAAAA